GAAUGCUUGCGGCAGGUGGCACCUGACCAUCGCUUGUUAGUUUUCUGCAACUUGAAUUCCCACCUCCAGAGUGACAUCACUAUACCACUAAUCGAUAAGAGGGCUGACUAAUGCUAGAAUAACUCACAGAGAUCUUUCUGCAAACACAGAAAAACUUCUGUCUUGGAAUGAAAGAAGAAACAUCCUGUUAAAUAUGGUCUGCUUGCUGUUCAGUACCCCCAGUCUUGUUCUUGCGAGUGUGGCACUGAAGUCUUAUGUUUCUGGCAGGUGUGAGGGAUGAAGGGAGCUAGACUUUGUCCUGAGAAGAGUUCCACAUUACUGCCACACUGGUGAUGAGAAGCUUGCCAUCAGCUUUGCAAUGAGCAAACAACUACUACAAAGCAAGAUGCAGCAAGAAUAUCGGAACAUUUGUGUCCUUUUGCCCAACAGAGAACAGCUUACCUUAAUCGUUGGGGUCAAAGCCACUGGACAGGAACUUUUCCAGCAAGUUUGUGACUUAAUGAAGAUUAAAGACCCUCAUUUCUUUGGUCUAAGUAUUGUUAAAAACAAUGAAUAUGUGUUUAUGGACCUGGAGCAGAAGCUUAGCAAGUAUUUCUCAAAGGACUGGAAAAAGGAGACAAGUAAAGGACCAGAGAAGUUCAGCCCUCCUUUUGUUGCUUUCUUCAGAGUACAGUACUAUGUAGAAAAUGGAAGGGUUAUAAGUGACAAGGUAGCAAGGCAGCUGUACUACUACCAUCUUAAGGAGCAGGUGUUGAGAUCUCGAUGUACCCACAAAGAAGAAAUCUACUUCCUGCUGGCUGCUUAUGGUUUGCAGGCAGACUUGGGCAACUACAGGGAGCAUGUCCAUGUGGGGAGAUAUUUUGAACCUCAGGCCUACUUUCCUCAAUGGGUAAUUGCAAAGAGGGGGAGUGACUACAUCUUGAAGCAUGCUCCGGAGAUGCACCGAGAGCAGCAAGGUCUGCCUGUUAAAGAAGCGGUGCUGAAGUUCAUCAAGGAGUCCUGUCUACUGGAGGAUGUUCCUGUCCAUUACUACAGAUUACAAAAGGAUAAGAAGGAGGAUCGCCCAACAAUUGUCCUGGGCCUGACCCUUAAAGGAAUGCACAUCUAUCAGGAGGUAAACCAUGUCCGUCAACUCCUCUAUGACUUUCCUUGGUCACACAUUGGGAAACUUGCAUUUCUGGGGAAAAAAUUUGAAAUCCAGCCUGAUGGUUUGCCUUCUGCACGGAAAUUGGUUUACUAUACAGGUUGCCCAUUCAGGUCACGACAUCUAUUGCAGCUCCUUAGCAACAGUCACCGACUCUUUCUCAACAUCCAGCCAGUGCUGAAGCAAAUCCAAAAGCUGGAGGAGGCUGAAGAGAAGAAGCGUUAUCGGGAAUCCUAUAUCAGUGACACUCUGGAAAUGGACCUUGACCCAUCAGAUAAGCAUUCCCGUGGCAGUGGCAGUAGCGGGGGCAGUGGGAGGAACAAUCGCCUGUCUCGCCAGUCCACAGGGAGCCAUGGCAGCUCACACACAUCAGGCAUCGAGGCCGACUCAAGGCACCGGAUAUCGGUAGAAAUGUCAGUGGAUGAGCCCUUCAGCAUCGAUAGGGUACAUCGAAAGGAAAAAUCAUGUAGCUCAACCAUCAGCUAUGGCAGCUCUGGCAUUGACAGCGGAAGCAAAGGGAGAGCUGAAGAUGACUCUCAAGAUGGUGAGGUGGAACUGGCAGUGGACGAGCCAGAGGAGAUGCCCGUUGAUGCUCCUUUAGAGAGAAACCAGAUGCGGGAGGAAAAGGAAAGUCAUCCUCUGGCUCUAGACACUGCUAGUUGCCCAGCCAUUAAUCAGAAGUCGCUCUCCAUGGUACAAGUCACAUUGAUAAAAAUGAGAGGUCAAAGUGUGGAAUCCCUUCACCAGGUGAGAAGGAAAAACGGUCAGGUGGGACAGCCCAAGGGAAGGAACUGCCCAGACCAGCACAGCCAGAGUUUGGAUGAUAUCCGUCUUUAUAAACAUCAGCACCCACCAGUAAGCACCAUGUUAUCUUCAGACACGUCCCACAGCUACACAUUUGGCUGUGCUCUGGAGGAUAAGUUGGCCAGCUAUGGUUGCGUUUACUCCACAACAGACUGCAAAACGAAGUCUGCCCUCUAUGGCAAGAGAUCCAUGAACUGCCUGUCACUGGAUCUUUUGGGAGAAGACCAGCUCCCAGAAGAGUUUGUGGUGUAGUCGGGUUUUGGGGAGCUGUUAAACCAUGGGACAGUUUAUCUUGGUAAUGAAAGCUGUUAUGUAUACCUCACUAACACAUGAUGUAAUCACUUUGGUUCUUGCAGGUGACCAUAAACCACCUUGUUCCCCUGUCAAGUGAUCUCUUAAGUAGUGUCAUAACUCUACAAACCUGACUGAAGUGCAAAUGAAUUAGAGUAGCACUUUAUUUUUUUAGCAUAUGCUGGGACUGAAAUAUCUGUCUUUUUACUCAGCACAAAACUAAAGUGGCCUGCACCAUGAGCAUUGAUGCUACUUUUUUUUAAAUACCAGAAGGCAGAUGGAUCUAAACACCUAAUUUGUUUAAUAAGUCAUUUAAUUACCUGUAGGACUGCUGAUUCCACAUGGAUCUGAAAAAGAGACAUUGUAUUUCCUGGCGUUCCCUUGUAUUUCAUGCUGUUACCACUCGAGGCCAAUGUUUUGGUCACUGAGUUCACUUUUUCCUGCAGGGUGCUGACUGCUGUCAGUUUUCUCCUACAGUACAUCUCAGUCCCUCUGCAAGGGUGGUGGAAGUGCUGAAGGUCUGUGUUAUGGAAGGUGCUGCUUUCUUGAAAAUGAAUGGAAGCUGUGCCUAACUCUAAGUGGAAGGUCAGCUGCCCUGGGUGUUUUCUUAGUUUUCUUCCCUUUAACUUAAAACCAAAUGUAUUGCUGUUUUAAUUGCAUUUCAGAGCAACAUGCUAGGAACUAUCAGUCCCUUAACAUGACUACAGACCUGCUAGUGUUGAUUCCUAAAACACAUUACUCGUCCUUAAGUUGUUUAGGAAAUGUUGAAUCCAGUGCUUCCAAGAGUUUAUUUUCCCAAAGAAAUAACAUAAGCAUGCUAAGUGAUGGCUCCUCAAGAAGGAAGUGUGACUAAAGAAGUUGUUCAGGCAUGAUCACCUCUGCUUGGAUCAUAAAGAAUUCUAUAUGAAUUCACUUUCUCAUUUUGGGAGGCACACAGAGAGGAAGUAGAUUUUUGGAGGGUGACUAAAGUAGUUUGUGGUAGUGUCCAGUAACAGUUUUGGUUAGGGCAUUCAUAAGGGGAUGGAAGACUAUCUAGGGUUCCUGAUGUUGUGUUUAUAGCUGAUUCACUGUGCAUGUAUUUGGGGUGAAUAUAGAAGUGUGUCUGUUGGCUCUGAGAGGAUUGUGCUAUAUGACACAAAAAAAAAUAACUCCUAUCCAUGUCACAAGAGGGAGGCUGUCUGUCUUUAUUUGGUUCUGUGUUAUGUCUUCCCUUUUUUUACAACCAACAGCAGUUGGGAAAGAGGGCAUGGGACAACCGCUGCCCCAUCUGAGACAGGUUCUAUUACUAAUACAAGUUUCAUAAGUCUACUUCUGAGACCACUGUUUAAAAAAACAAAAACAAAAAAACAAGGAAGCACAAAGAAUGCGAAAUGUCAUCAUAAUGACUUAGGAACCUUUUGCAUUGUACUGAUCUGUUUGUAUUAAAAAGAUGAAACUAUUAGAAUUAGAAAGUUUUAAAUUUUAUAAUUGAUUUUUGUGUGUUGGAGCCAGGUCCCAGUAACUUUUAGUAUGACUCUGAGAAAACAGUAUUUCUAUACCAAUUUUAAACUGUUGCUACCAUGCUUCAAGUGCUGUGUGUUUAGCUUCUCUGGCUCACAAAAACUGGUAAAACUUUUUUAUUUCUUAAAAAAGUUGAUAAAUCUUGAAUGUGUAUCUGCUGCAUGCUACUGGUGUGUGUGCGUACGUGUUUAUGUGUGUAUAUAUAUCUUUAUUUAUUCAUAGUGGUGAGUGAUAUAACUCCAAAUUCUGGGUUGUUUUCUCUUGUUGGACUGUACAGUUCUCCUUAAUAUAGAUGCAGGUUCACAGAUGUAUACAAAGGGAAGAAAAGACCUAUUUUUUUUCCUACCUAGAUGAUGAGCAAGUCGACCUGUAUCUUACAAACACUGUGAAUAUCUAUUAUGCAAGCUUUUGUAUUCGUAUGAUAUUACUGUUCUUACUAGUAUUGUAUUUUGUUUUUUAAAUUUAGAAAUUCUGCUUUAUUAGUUCAUUUUAAGAUUAGUUGUGGUAGGGGUAAAAUAAGCAUUUAUCUACUGAUAUUUUGUAACUAGCUGCUGUAGAUUUUUUUUGGGGGGGGGAGGGGGUUGUACAGUUGUAAUAUACUCUUGGCAUAAUCACUCUAUUUUAAUGGCAAAUGUUUCUCCUUUCCAUGAAAGGAAUUUUUGUAUACAAAUAAAAUAUAUAUGAUUAUAUGGACAAACAUAAUAAAGGAUGGCUAGAAUAAGA